CGAGCGAGCAGUCGAUUUUAUCAGCAGUUUCCUUUGUCACGCAUGCAUUUCAUUCUACAAAAUGGCUGACCUCAGUGCUUACCGCGAUCAACAUUUCAGGGGAACCAGACAGGAGCUCGAAUCACGACUUGAAACAAGCUCGACCUUGUAUGUUGGCAAUCUCUCAUUCUAUACGUCAGAGCAACAGAUAUAUGAGCUGUUUGGAAGAGCAGGAGAGCUGAAGAAAAUUAUUAUGGGCCUGGACAAAGUCAGAAAAACCCCAUGUGGCUUCUGCUUUGUAGAAUAUUAUACUCGACCUGAUGCUGAAAAUGCUAUGCGCUAUAUAAAUGGCACUCGGCUAGACCAGCGUAUCAUCCGGACUGACUAUGACGCUGGCUUUGAAGAGGGGCGACAGUACGGCAGAGGCAAAACGGGCGGGCAGGUAAGAGAUGAGUACCGUACAGACUAUGACCCUGGCAGGGGUGGCUUUAGUAAACAAGCCAUUUCACAACAAGGAGUCCAUGCUAGUCCACCAGUAGCAUACAGCAAGCGAUGACACCUCACCACAUCACUUACAUAUUGUACACUAUCUAAAGAGGAGAUAGGUGUUGGCAAGUCAGGCCCAUUAUGGAAAAAAGCUACCUGACAAGUAUGUCUUUGCAGGAAAAGAACCUUCCUUCCUCAUCCACAAUUGACAUGAGAAAAUGACAUUUUAAACAUUAGAGAACAAAUCCGCUUUUCAUUGUAAAUAGAGAAUUGCCUCCCCUGUAAACAUUUCAGAUUUUUCUAUUACACCUUCAGUCUGCAAUGAUUAUUUUUAUUAAGAUGUAUGCUUUUUAUCUGGCUAUGUAUAUCAAUAAAUUAUUGCUUACAACAUA